CAUCCACCGAAAUCUAUGAUCAGCUCCGUGUGUGUCUCCUCCUACCGUGGACGCAAGUCUGGGAACAAACCACCUUCCAAAACAUGCUUGAAGGAAGAGAUGGGCAAAGGGGAAGAGUCAGACAAGAUCACCAUCAACGUUGGUGGCACCCGGCAUGAAACCUACAAAAGCACCCUCAGGACUUUGCCGGGCACCCGCCUGGCCUGGUUGGCUGACCCUGAUGCCCAGAGCAACUUUGACUUUGAUGGGAAAAGCAACGAAUUCUUCUUUGAUCGUCAUCCCGGGAUCUUCUCCUACGUCCUCAACUACUACCGGACAGGGAAGCUGCACUGCCCAGCGGACAUCUGCGGACCCCUCUUCGAGGAGGAGCUGACCUACUGGGGCAUCGAUGAGACAGACGUGGAGCCAUGCUGCUGGAUGACCUACCGGCAGCACCGUGAUGCUGAGGAGGCCCUGGAUAUCUUCGAGAGUCCUGAGCCUGGUGGAGGAACCAGUGGAGAGGAACCCGAAGAGGAAGGGGGUAGGGAGAUGGCACUUCAGCGCCUGGGCAUGGAUGAGAGGCCAGCGGGGGCAGCGGGGGCUGCUGGAGGGGGUGGCUGCUGUCGGAAUUGGCAGCCAAGGAUGUGGGCGCUCUUUGAGGAUCCCUACUCGUCCAAGGCAGCGAGGGUAGUUGCUUUUGCCUCCCUCUUCUUCAUCCUGGUCUCCAUCACCACCUUCUGCCUGGAGACGCACGAAGCCUUCAACAUCGAUGUCAACGUGACGGAGACCCUGGUGGUUGGCAACACCACCACCAUCCUCCUGACACGGAAAGUGGAGACAGAGCCCAUCCUCACCUACAUCGAGGGGGUCUGCGUCCUCUGGUUCACCCUUGAGUUCCUGGUUCGCAUCAUCUGCUGCCCAGAUAAGCUUCUCUUUGUUAAAAACCUACUCAACAUCAUUGACUUCGUAGCCAUCUUGCCCUUCUACCUGGAGGUAGGUCUUAGUGGCCUCUCCUCCAAAGCUGCCCGGGACGUACUUGGCUUCCUCCGGGUGGUCCGUUUCGUCCGGAUCCUCCGGAUCUUCAAGCUGACACGGCACUUUGUGGGGCUCCGGGUGCUGGGUCACACACUCCGGGCCAGCACCAAUGAAUUCCUGCUCCUCAUCAUCUUCCUUGCCUUGGGGGUUUUGAUUUUUGCCACAAUGAUCUACUAUGCCGAGAGGAUUGGAGCCAAGACAUCCGACCUCCGCGGGAGCGACCACACCCACUUUAAGAACAUCCCCAUUGGGUUCUGGUGGGCUGUGGUCACCAUGACAACCCUGGGCUACGGUGACAUGUACCCCAAGACCUGGUCGGGCAUGGUGGUGGGGGCUCUCUGCGCCUUGGCCGGGGUGCUGACCAUUGCCAUGCCUGUGCCUGUCAUCGUCAAUAACUUUGGGAUGUAUUAUUCGUUGGCCAUGGCCAAGCAGAAGCUGCCAAAGAAGAAGAAAAAGCAUAUACCCCGUCCUGCCCCUCUGGACUCCCCUACCUACUGCAAAUCUGAGGAGAAUUCCCCCCGAAACAGCACCCAGAGUGACACUUGUCCCUUGGCGGUUGAGGAGGGGGCAGCUGAGCGGAAGCGGUCAGACUCCAAGCAGAAUGGUGAGGCCAAUGUGGUGCUGUCAGAUGAGGAGCAGCCACUGUCACCAACUGAUGAGGAGAAGAGGCCCAUGCGGCGCUCCAGCACACGGGAGAAGAACAAGAAAUCCUCCACGUGCUUCCUGCUGGCCACGGGUGACUUCUCCUGUGCGGCAGAUGGAGGCAUCCAGAAAGGCUACGUGAAGUCCCGAAGCCUGAGCAGCAUGGAUGGUGUGGCCUUGGCUCCCCUCACCUCCCACUGCAGCUCUCCUUGUCCUCUGCAGCGUCCCUGCUCUCCCGUCCCCUCCAUCCUCUAA